AUGGAUGCAUUCAAGUUGUUGACUCGGUCAACAAAAUUGAAGCAUGCUGCUUCAAAAGCAGAUUCUUCUCCUCUGCCGUCAACCGGGAAAGCUGCCAACCCACAGCUUUUCCGCACCGCCGACGCCGACAAGCUCGAGGCUGCCAAGAGCGGCAAAAAAAGAAAGAGGAACACUGCUGCUCAGCAGGAUGAAGAUGAAGUGUCCGAGCUGGACUUUUUCAAUUCAAACAAGCGCCCUGCAACCAGCGUGACGGAAACAGCUGCUGUGACCGAAAGCGACGCUGAAAAGGCGUCGGAAGAUGUCGCAUCUGAUGACGACUCCAUGGACGACGUGCAGCGUCGCACGAUCUUGAACUCACACAAAAUCAAGGUAACUGACUUGCGCGACUUGGAUGAGAUCCAGCCCCAGCCGGCAUCCACCAAGGAAUCCAAGAAGAAAAAGAAGUCCAAAAAGGAAGAAGCUCCGGCUCUUAGUAAGAAAGAGCAGAAGCGCGCCAGACGCAUUUUCCCCGAGCCUUUGCUUUCUUUCAAGGAGCUUCGGUCCAAAUAUAAGAUCUCCUCGCGUCUCGCAGAGAACGUUGCGGAUCAAGGGUUUACCGUGCCUACAGAGGUUCAACUUGGUACUCUUCCUUUGCUUCUUGGGGAGGCUUCUGAGCCGGAUCUUCUGAUUGUGGCUCCUACUGGCAGUGGUAAGACACUGUCAUUUUUGAUUCCUGUGAUCAACAAAAUUGUGCGACACCACCACUCAAGCCCCGAAGAGCACGGAAUUCUGUCAGUGGUUGUGGCACCUACCAAGGAACUUGCAAGCCAGAUCGUCAACGAGGGCCGGAAGCUGGUCGCUGGAACCGGCGUGAAGAUCACGCUGAUGAGAAAGGGAAUGCGCGUCAGCGACGAAGGCAAUGCGGAUGUCCUCGAAGAGAGUGAUGCGUCAUCUGGAUCCGACGAAGAAGAUGCCGACAACAAGCCAACAAAAGACCGAGCCAAUAUCCCACUGACCAAAAGUGAUAUCCUUGUUACCACGCCCUUGAUGCUGGUUAAUGCCCUCUCGGCGAAUCGGACAAAGACUAUGGCAACCCUACCUCUAGUGCGUAGCCUCGUUAUGGACGAAGCGGAUGUUCUCUUGGACCCCUUGUUCCGGGAACAGACAUUGGAUAUCUGGAAAUCAUGCACGCACCCGGAAAUGCGAGUCGGACUUUGGUCAGCUACGAUGGGAUCCAACAUUGAAGAUCUCACCAAGUCGACAAUCAAAGAGCGUCAAGAAGACCUCGGACUUAAGCCAAGCGAAUCGCAUGCGCUACUCCGUUUGGUCGUGGGGUUGAAGGACUCUGCCAUCCCCAACAUUGAACACAAACUCAUAUACGCGGCAACAGAGCAGGGUAAACUGCUCGGACUCCGCCAACUCCUUCGCCCCACAGCUGCCUCAGCAUCAGACAUCCGCCUCCGACCCCCCUUCCUCAUUUUCACCCAGACCAUCCCCCGUGCCAUCGCCCUGCACUCCGAACUCAAAUAUGACAUCCCCGCCGAAGCAGGAGGAUCAUCAAGAAUCGCAGUCCUCCACUCCGACCUAUCCGACGGCCAACGAUCCGAAAUCAUGCGCGACUUCCGCAAAGGCGAGAUCUGGAUCCUAGUGACAACAGAUCUACUCGCGCGCGGCGUCGACUUCCGCGGCAUAAACGGCGUAGUAAACUACGACAUCCCGAACUCAGCAGCGGUCUACGUCCACCGCGUUGGACGAACAGGACGAGCAGGACGCGAGGGCGGCAUCGCCGUGACAUACUACACAAAAGAAGACAUCCCCUACGUGAAGAGCAUUGCGAACAUAAUCGAUGUAAGCGAAAAGCUCCGUGGCGGCGAGGGCGACAAAUCCAUCCAGAAAUGGCUCCUCGACGCCCUGCCCAACCUGAGCAAGAACAGCAAGAAGGACCUCAAGAAGCAUGGCGUCAAGGCGCGCCAGGCUCCCCGAUUGUCGGAUAAGGAGAAGGAGGGUGGAAAGAGUGCGCGUGGCAUGAGGAUUAGUACGAAGAGUGGAUUUGAGCGGCGCAUGGAGAAUCGCAAGAAGGGUGCUAUUGCUGCUAGUCGGCAGCGGAAGGCUGCUGCUGGUGAUGGUGGCAAUGUGAGUGAUGCUGGUAGUUGGGCCGGGUUGGAUGAUUAG